GGCAUUUUGGGAGCGGGAUUGUUUCGCGCAGGAAGCAGGCUCCAUUUUAGCGCCGCCCGCCGUCGCCAUCUGUUUCCCUUCCCUCCCCCUUACCCCCUCCCGUACCCAAACCCCAACGAGAAGGCUGGGCCUAGGGCGCCAGAGGUUGGAGUGAAAGGAGAAAAGGGAGAAAGGGAAGAAGCGGGAAGAAAAAGGGUGAGUCGAGAACGGUGAGCGGUAGAGGCCAAGGUGCGAAGCGCGCAGCCCAGCGGCCGGACUGACGGACGUGCCCGUUCUACGGCUGCCGCGGCUGCGGCGCCCGCGCGAGUCGCGUCGAAGCGGCGGCGGCGGCGGCGGCAGCGGCGGCGGCAGCAGCAGCGGAAACAGGAGGGGAGCAAUGGCGGCCGACAGCCGGGAGGAGAAAGAUGGAGAACUAAAUGUUCUAGAUGAUAUUUUGACUGAAGUACCAGAACAGGAUGAUGAACUGUAUAAUCCAGAGAGUGAACAAGAUAAAAACGAGAAAAAGGGAUCAAAAAGAAAAAGUGACCGAAUGGAAUCUACUGACAUCAAGCGACAAAAGCCUUCUGUUCAUUCAAGACAGUUGAUUUCUAAGCCACUGAGCUCAUCUGCUAGCAAUAACAAAAGAAUAGUUAGUACUAAAGGAAAGUCAGUUGCAGAGUAUAAAAAUGAGGAAUAUCAAAGAUCUGAAAGAAGCAAGCGUCUAGAAGCUGAUCGGAAGAUUCGUUUGUCAAGCAGUGCUUCUAGAGAACCUUAUAAGAGUCAACCUGAAAAAACUUGUCUCCGAAAAAGGGACCCUGAAAGGAGGACCAAAUCCCCUACGCCAGAUGGUUCUGAGAGAAUUGGGCUUGAAGUGGAUAGACGUGCAAGCAGAUCCAGCCAAUCUUCUAAGGAAGAAGUGAACUCUGAAGAAUAUGGCUCUGACCAUGAGACUGGCAGCAGUGGUUCUUCUGAUGAGCAAGGCAACAAUACUGAGAAUGAGGAGGAAGGGGUGGAAGAUGUGGAGGAAGAUGAAGAGGUAGAAGAAGAUGCAGAGGAAGAUGAAGAAGUGGAUGAAGAUGGAGAAGAGGAGGAGGAGGAAGAGGAGGAAGAGGAGGAAGAGGAGGAGGAAGAGGAGGAGGAGGAGGAAGAAGAAUAUGAACAGGAUGAGAGAGACCAGAAGGAAGAGGGAAAUGAUUAUGAUACUCGAAGUGAAGCUAGCGACUCUGAUUCUGAAUCCGUUUCUUUCACAGAUGGAUCUGUCAGAUCUGGUUCAGGCACAGAUGGAUCAGAUGAGAAAAAGAAGGAAAGGAAGAGAGCUAGAGGCAUCUCUCCAAUUGUUUUUGAUAGAAGUGGAAGCUCUGCAUCAGAGUCAUAUGCAGAUCAAACCAGUAAACUCAAAUAUGUCCUACAGGAUGCAAGAUUUUUUCUCAUAAAGAGUAACAACCAUGAGAAUGUGUCUCUUGCCAAAGCUAAGGGUGUUUGGUCCACGCUGCCUGUAAAUGAGAAGAAAUUAAAUGCUGCAUUCAGAUCUGCAAGGAGUGUUAUACUAAUAUUUUCUGUCAGAGAGAGUGGAAAAUUUCAAGGAUUUGCAAGACUUUCUUCAGAAUCACAUCAUGGAGGAUCUCCUAUACAUUGGGUGCUGCCGGCAGGAAUGAAUGCUAAAAUGUUGGGAGGAGUUUUUAAAAUUGACUGGAUUUGCAGGCGUGAAUUACCCUUCACUAAGUCAGCUCAUCUCACCAAUCCUUGGAAUGAACAUAAACCAGUAAAGAUUGGACGUGAUGGACAGGAAAUUGAACUUGAAUGUGGAACCCAGCUUUGUCUUCUAUUUCCCCCUGAUGAAAGUAUUGACUUGUAUCAGGUCAUUCAUAAAAUGCGUCACAAGAGAAGAAUGCAUUCUCAGCCCCGAUCAAGAGGACGUCCAUCCCGUCGAGAACCAGUCCGGGAUGUGGGAAGGCGUCGACCAGAAGAUUAUGAUAUUCAUAACAGCAGAAAGAAACCAAGGAUUGACUAUGCCCCUGAGUUUCACCAGAGACCAGGGUAUUUAAAGGAUCCACGAUACCAGGAAGUAGACAGUUUCACAAAUCUUAUUCCCAACAGACGAUUUUCAGGAGUUCGCCGAGAUGUGUUUUUAAAUGGGUCCUACAAUGAUUAUGUGAGGGAAUUUCAUAACAUGGGACCACCACCACCUUGGCAAGGAAUGGCUCCUUACCCUGGAAUGGAACAACCUCCACACCAUCCUUACUAUCAGCACCAUGCUCCACCUCCUCAAGCUCAUCCCCCUUACUCAGGACAUCACCCAGUACCACAUGAAGCAAGAUACAGAGAUAAACGAGUACAUGAUUAUGACAUGAGGGUGGAUGAUUUCCUUCGUCGCACACAAGCUGUUGUCAGUGGUCGGAGAAGUAGACCCCGUGAAAGAGAUCGGGAGCGAGAGCGAGACCGCCCUAGAGAUAACAGAAGAGACAGAGAACGAGAUAGAGGACGUGAUAGAGAAAGAGAAAGAGAGCGAUUAUGUGACCGGGACAGAGACCGAGGGGAGAGAGGUCGAUAUAGAAGAUAAUGCGCUUUUGGAAGCACUGAUUGUUUAAAGAUAAAAAAAUCUUGUAUUUUUUUUGUGUGUGUGUGUGUGUUUACAAGUAGUAAAUUUAUUUUCAGCGGUCUACUUAAAGUUCAUUGUGUAGAAGGGUUAAUUAAAUCCCUCUUUGUUCCAAGCAUGCAGUAUAAUAAGAACUGGAAAAACUCAAAUCCUCCAAAAAUGCACAGUUGACAAUUUGAGUUGACACUUUUAUUGGAGCAGAAUGGAACAGUCCAAGAAUGUAGAUAUUGAUUCAUUCUCCAUAAAUGUUCAUCUACUUAUAGUGUGUUCAUCCUAGAGUUAUUUUUUGUUUGUUUUCUUUUUUUUGGAUCUUGAUUGAUGACUGCCAUAUUUUGCUUUGAUGUGUUUCUAAAUGUAGUUGCACACGGUUCAGUAAAAAUAAUGCUGCUAUCAAGUAUGCAAAUAUUGAAGUAUGAUGGUUUGACAGUAUGGCAGUGUUGUAGCAGCCUCUUUGUUUCUCCCUUUCCCUCUUUUUUUAAUCUUAAAAAGUCACUUUUUAUUUUUCUUCAGUCUUCAAUGUGAUGAGAGCAAUAUUAAGAAGACAUUGCUAUCUAAUUUUUAAUCUUUUUAAAUAAGAAAUUCCUAUGUUCAGUAGCAUGGUUGAUGCUGUCAUUUAGCCUUCCCCUCCAAACUGUAUACAUUGGCUUGGAAUGUUCACAACUUGCGUGUGUGGCAGCGGAAGAUAAUUCCCAUAUUCUACAUUGCUACUGUUUUGUAUAAAAUAAAUUGGUAAAGAUUGACACUUAA